AAUAACAAAAAGUCACUUGUCAACUGAACCAUCACCAUCAUUCUACAACUUUCCUCAUUUCGUGUAGUUUUAUUAUUAAAUUUUUAAUUAAAAGUGAAUAAAACAAUAAAAAUGUCAUUCGAUGCAAUUCCAAAAGACCUCCGAGGACUUCGUGCUUGUUUAGUAUGCUCUCUUAUAAAGACUUUUGAUCAAUUUGAAUAUGAUGGCUGUGAUAAUUGUGAGGAAUUCCUGCGAAUGAAAAACAACAAAGACAACGUAUACGAUCAUACGAGUAACAAUUUCGAUGGAAUUAUCGCACUAAUGACUCCUGAAGAUAGUUGGGUUGCCAAAUGGCAGAGAAUAGGACGCUUCACAAAAGGAAUCUACGCCAUUUCCGUCUCUGGCAGUCUCCCAGCUGGAACAGUCAGAGAAAUGAAAAACCGGGGAAUACCAUACAGACCACGUGAUACUAGCCAACGUUAAAUCAAUCAAAAUAAAUAAAUCAAAUACAAAGGAAGUAAAAAUUGUUUUAUUAAUUU